AUGGAGGAACUUGUUGAGAACAAGGCCACAGUCUAUCUCCAACAGGAACCGAAGGAAAUUACACUGGACACGGUCCGCUGUCUGAUAAACACUGAAGACCUCGCAAAGUUGAAGCUUGGUGUCAGUCAUGCGCGCAGAAUCCUCACGCGGCUUCGCGCACCUAUAUAUGAAGCGAAGCAGCAGAAGGAUCGGACGAACUGGCUCGAAAAGAUUGACAAGCUUCUAGCCACGCCAACAGAUGCCGGCAGAACAAUUGUGGCAGUCGCAGGAGCGACAGGAGCUGGCAAGAGCUCAUUGAUAAACAGUCUACUAGGCGAGGAAGAGUUUCUGCCAACAGAUGGAUUUCGAGCUUGCACUUCCGUUGCGACAGAGAUCAGUUACAAUACUGUGACAGACCCGAACAAGGCCUACCGCGCUGAGGUCGAGUUCCGUUCCCAGGAUGAGUGGGAUUUCGAAUUGGGGAACCUCUUUGCAGACCUCAAGGAUGAGAACGAGGAUGACCAAGGCAAUGCUGCUGGCAAACAAACUUGGAAGGAUCCCAAGAGCGACGCUGGCAAAGCCUAUAGCAAGAUCCGCGCUGUAUUCCCGAAAAUGAGUCAUGUUGACCUUAUGAAGAGCACGCCAGAGCUGCUGAUGAAGUGCAAAGGUGCACUCAAGGUCCUGGACACUACGAAGAAAAUAGCCUGCACAACCGCGAAGGAGCUGUCUUCAUUGCUGGAGAAGUAUCUAGUCAGUGCCGAGAAAGAGGUCGGCUGCGAACCGAAAGGAGAUGAGACGUCGAUAGAGAUUUGGCCCCUUAUCAAAAUUGUUCGCAUAUACUGUCAUGCCCCAAUGCUAUCUACAGGUCUCACUAUCAUUGACCUUCCAGGCAUUGAGGAUUCCAAUACCGCUCGUUGUUCUGUUGCGGAGGACUAUCUGAGCGAGGCUAAUGGGAUCUUCGUUGUCGCACCCAUCCAACGAGCAGUGGACAACAAAUCAGCCAAAGAUCUGUUGGGGAAGUCCUUCAGAACGCAAAUCCUGAUGGAUAAUAAUUUCUCGAAUGUGGUCUUCGUAUGCACAAAGACUGACGACAUCAAUUUCAAAGAGUCUCAGAAGUCACAUGACAAGGACCAUCGGAUCAGAGACAUAUUUGCAGAAGAGGAACGACUCAAAAUGAUUGUGGACCAAAAAGCGGCUAAGAUGAAGCCAAUGGAGGAGAAUCUGCAAGACCUUGAAGCAGGAUAUCUGGCUAAGGUCCGCGAAGUGGGUGAGUGGAAAAAGCACCAAAAGGCUGUCAAGAAGGGAAGACCUGUCUACCGCAAACGCGUGCCAGCCAAGCGGAAGCACGAAGACGAUGCAUCAGACUCGGAGUCUGAGGAAGAUACGCCAUUGACGGCCUCAGAGGUCAUUGAGGAACUGACCAAACUCGAGAACGAGGCCGAGGCGAAGGAGAUCUCUUACCGCAAUGCGCAGAAGGAAUUUGAUACUGCACAGAACGAGCUCAUUGAUCUACAAGACAGACUCGCUCUCAUUGCUACCGAGGGGCCAAGGAUGUGUGUCCAGGCCAGGAAUGAAGCCUCGACCAAAGCCAUCAAGUGGGACUUCGCAAUGGGAAUCAAAGAAAUCGAUGAUGGUGACGAGGAUGAGGAGCCGACCAUUGGACUUCCGUCUCAAAAACGCGGUCGCGAGGAGCGAGAUUAUUCUCAAAUUGCGGAAUCAUUCCCAGUCUAUUGCGUGUCCAGCUACGCAUAUCAGCAAUUGGGAGCUACAAGCGAGCGGCGUGAAACCCCAGCCCAUGGGUUUCGAGACCUAGACGACACUGGAAUACCCGGACUUAUAGAGUAUGGGAAAAAUUUGACAUAUCGGGAGCAGAUUAGGAAGCACAGGAACUUCCUCAAUUCCCUGAUGACGUUACUUUCGUCGCUCGUGGUACUAACGGCCUGCUGCUGUCGAGUUACGGACGCAGCCAAGGUUGACAGCCACCCUACAAAGCUGUGCGAGCAGGACCAGAUUCUGGAGCUAGAUCUUUUCGAAAUCGAAAUCCAGAAUUUGAGCAAGCUUCUGGAGGUUGCGCGCCGAUACAUUACUCAAAAAAACUCCAGAGCUAUUGCUAUUGCUGCGAAGGCCGCUCCGUCCGUUACGACUCGUUGGUCUACUCGCGAGAAGGAUGGGGGGCACGGCCUCGCUUGCGGAACGUUCAAAGCGAUUUGCAGACGACAUGGAGCAAAGACAGCGAGUAAGAAAGCCCGGGAUUUCAAUGAAGACCUGCUGCAGCCAUACCUCGGCCCUGUUGCCAAGUCAUGGGAGACCGUCUUCGGAACGAGGGUACCAAAUAUAUUGGACCAACUUGUGAAAGUUUUCGGGCAGAGAGUGCGCGAGUUCCACGACAAGAUGCAAGGGCGCACAGCGCUUCAAAAGUGCAGGUCCGGAUCCUUGGAAUUCCUCGGGAAGCAUUGCGAAGAGCACCAGAUGGCUUUUGCUAGCGUAAUCGAAGACUCGAAGAGAGCUAUAACGGGAGGGCAGCGGCAAGCGAGUCGAACUUUGGCGCCUCAAGUCCAGACAACAAUGAAGGAGAUCUACGAUCGGUGUGCCGUGAUAAAGGGUAAGUGA